AUGCGAGUAACAGUAGACAACAGCACCUUCCACUCCAACAUCCCCUUCGCUGCUGACAUUGCAUUAGGAGUGCUUUACUCCAUAUUUGGUGUGUGUUCUCUAUUUGGGAACACUAUGCUGCUCUAUGUGUCCCAUAGGAGGAAGCAUCUGCUGAAGCCAGCUGAGUUCUUCAUAGUUAACUUGGCUGUCAGUGACCUGGGCAUGACCCUCAGCCUUUACCCCCUCGCUGUGACCUCCAGCUUCCAGCACAGGUGGCUGUAUGGGAGGACGGUGUGUAUAGUGUAUGCCUUCUGUGGCGUACUCUUUGGAAUUUGCUCUCUUACCACUUUGACCAUACUCAGUACUGUCUGCUGCCUCAAAGUGUGCUACCCUCUCUAUGGUAACAGGUUCGGUCAUGAGCAUGGUCGCGUGCUCAUAGUGUGCGCGUGGGCGUAUGCGCUGGUGUUCGCCUGCUCACCGCUGGCCCACUGGGGACAGUAUGGGCCGGAGCCUUACGGGACAGCCUGCUGUAUUGAUUGGAUCUCAUCCAACAGAGACCCCAUUGACCGCUCCUACACCACUGUACUCUUCAUCUGUUGCUACCUACUACCCUGCACCAUCAUCAUCCUCUCCUACACACACAUCCUGCUCACAGUGCGGGAGUCCCGUCGAGCCGUGGAGCAGCACAUUUCCCAGUCGCGCAUGGGCAACAUCCAGACCAUCAUAGUGAAGCUCAGCGUGGCAGUGUGUAUAGGCUUCUUCACAGCAUGGAGCCCGUACGCUUUUGUCUCCAUAUGGGCUGCAUUCGGGGACGUAGAGGUCAUCCCACCACUGGCCUUUGCCGUUCCUGCUAUGUUCUCCAAAUCUUCCACCAUCUACAACCCCCUCAUCUACCUUUUGCUCAAGCCCAACUUUCGCCACCUCCUCUGCAAGGAAAUGCUCUCACUGCGGCAGGUGUGCGUACGGAGCUGUGUGGCCGUGUGUGUGCCGCGGGACAGCUGCCGCCCCACACUGGCCCUGGGGCUGCACACACUGAGACCACAGAGCCACUUAGCACCCAUGGGGCUGGGCCAUUGCCCCUGUGAGAGGUGCAAUGACCCCUUCGAGCAGUUCAGGAACUACCCACGCCGCUGCCCCAUCAACGUGAAUACAGUGCAGUUCUCUGUACAGGACAGUGGAGAGCCUGAGGCACAACUAGAGCUGGAUCCAGAAGCAGCAGGAGCAGAAAUUAGGCUGGAGAGCUCCAAGAGGAGUUCAGCAGAGGCCAUGAAGGAAGUGCAAGUGCUUGUUAGAGGCAAGAAAAUCUCAGAGAUUGACAGCCUGGAGAUCACCUUGGAAACAAUGCCUGCUCCUGAUAAAGUAGCCAAAGCUUGGAAGUUCUGA